AUGCUGGCCCCGGGGCGCCGCUGGCAGCCCCUCGCCCCUCCGCCGCUGCUGCUGCUGCUACUACUGCUGUCGGGGAUGCUCCGGCCGCCGGGGCUGGCGGCUUUCAACGUGGACGAGGAGAAGGUGACCGUGUACAGCGGGCCCGAGAGCAGCUACUUCGGCUACGCGGUGGAUUUCCACCACUACACGGGGGCAGUAAGUGUCCUGGUCGGUGCUCCCAAAGCCAAUACUACACAGCCGGAUAUACAGGAAGGGGGAGCGGUGUAUUACUGUCCUUGGCCAGCCGCUGAGUGCAAACAGAUCCCCUUUGAUACGACCAACAACAGAAAAAUCAAAGUCAACAGCACCAGGGAACCUAUUGAGUUUAAGUCAAAUCAGUGGUUUGGGGCAACAGUCAAGGCUCAUAAAGGAAAAGUUGUGGCUUGUGCUCCCUUAUAUCAUUGGAGGACCCUUAAAGCCACCCCUGAAAAGGAUCCAGUUGGCACCUGCUAUGUUGCAAUUCAGAACUUCAGUGUGUAUGCUGAGUAUUCUCCUUGUCGCAACAGCAAUGCAGACCCUGAAGGACAAGGUUUCUGUCAAGCAGGCUUCAGCUUAGAUUUUUACAAGAAUGGGGACCUUAUAGUAGGAGGACCUGGGAGUUUUUACUGGCAAGGGCAAGUAAUCACCACCAGUAUUGCAGAUAUCAUUACGGACUAUUCAUUCAAGGAUAUUCUAAGGAAACUGACAAGAGAAAAGCAAACUGGAGUGGCACCACCUAUAUAUGAUGACAAUUACCUGGGAUACUCAGUGGCUGCUGGGGAAUUUACUGGAGACCUUGAACAAGAGUUGGUUGCUGGAGUGCCAAGAGGAGCACAGAACUUUGGCUAUGUUUCAAUUAUUAAUUCUACAGACUUGACCUUUAUUCAGAAUUUCACUGGUGAACAGAUGGCGUCUUACUUUGGGUACACCGUCGCCGUGUCGGAUGUUAACAGUGAUGGUUUAGAUGACAUCCUAGUUGGUGCCCCCCUCUUCAUGGAGCGUGAAUUUGAGAGUCAACCUAAGGAAGUUGGGCAAGUUUACCUGUACUUGCAGGAAAGUGCUUUCUACUUCCGAGACGCACAGAUACUGUCGGGCACUGAAGUGUUUGGUAGAUUCGGCAGUGCCAUCGCACGUCUUGGAGAUCUCAACCAGGAUGGCUAUAAUGACAUUGCAGUCGGUGCACCAUUUGCAGGACAAGACGGAAGAGGCAAAGUGCUCAUUUACAAUGGACACAGGAAUGGGUUAAAUGCUAACCCUUCACAGGUUCUUAAUGGUGCCUGGGCCUCGCAGUCCAUGCCUGCGGGAUUUGGCUUUACUCUAAGAGGAGACUCAGACAUAGACAAGAAUGAUUACCCAGAUUUAAUAGUGGGUGCAUUUGGAGCUGGGAAAGUAGCUGUUUACAGAGCAAGACCUGUUGUGAUAGUGGAUGCUCAGCUCAUGCUGCACCCAAUGAUUGUAAAUCCAGACAAUAAAACUUGUCAGAUUCCUGGGUCUAUGAUUAUGGUGGCCUGUUUUACUGUAAGAGUCUGUGUGGCUUUUGAAGGUCAAAGUAUUUCAGAUAAGAUAGCACUGCAAGCUGAAUUGCAAUUAGAUUCAUUGAAACAGAAAGGAGCUGUUAAAAGGAUCCUCUUCUUUGAUUACCAUCAGUCACAUCAUUUCUUCCUCAUUGUGACAGAAAGGCAGAAACAGCUUCAUUGCCAGGACUUUGUUGUUUAUCUCCGAGAUGAAACAGAAUUUCGAGAUAAAUUAUCUCCAAUCAGUGUUAGUUUGAACUACAGCUUGGAUGAAUCCACUUUUGAAGAUGACCUAGCUGUGAAACCAAUACUGAACUAUUAUCAGGAAAGCACUGUUAGGGAGCAGGCUUAUAUUCUGGUGGAUUGUGGAGAGGACAACAUGUGCAUUCCUGAUUUGAAACUUUCAGCUACACCAGAUAAAGAUCAACUAAUCAUUGGAGAAGAAAAUUGUGUCAUGCUUAUAAUAAACCCACGGAAUGAUGGGGAAGGAGCCUAUGAAGCUGAGCUUCAUAUAAAGAUCCCACCUGAAGCAGAUUACACAGGUGUUGAACGAAACCUCAAGGCAUUACGUGUAUUGAGCUGUGAUUACAAGAUGGAAAAUGAAACUAGAAUGGUGGUUUGUGACCUUGGAAAUCCCAUGGUGGCUGGAACAAAUUUCUCCACUGGCAUCCGAUUUUCCGUUCAGCAUUUUGAAAAUGCCGAUUUCAGCAUCAAAUUUGAACUGCAAGUAAAAAGUUCUAAUAAGGUUAAUCCCACCAGCAAUUUGGUUAACCUUCAAAUCAACAUCAGUGCUGUGGCUCAAGUGCAGAUCAUAGGUGUGUCUCGUCCUCCACAAAUUGUUUUGCCACUUCACAACUGGGAGCCUAAAGAUGAGCCCACUAAAGAAGAGGAUGUCGGCCCGUUAGUAGAACACAUAUAUGAGCUGUAUAAUACUGGACCAAGUGCCAUCAAUGAAACAUUACUCCAUGUUGGAUGGCCUGCAUCCAGUCAAGAGGAGUCUCUUCUUUACAUUCUUCAUAUUCAGACACAUGGACCAUUGCAAUGUCAAACAAGCUCUGCUAUUAAUAUAUACCAAAUAAAGUUUGCUAUUCCACAGGACACCCCGGAACUCACUGCUUUUUUGCGUAACUCCACUAUUCCUCACUAUGUUGGGUGGAGGGAUGUCACCAUGGUAGAACCACAAAGGAAGAGCUACGCAAAAAUACUGAACUGUACAAACGUGAAGUGUUUAAUAAUCUCGUGUACAGUGGGACAGCUAGAAAGAGGAAAGAGUGCAGCACUAAAAAUCAGAUCUCGGUUAUGGGCCCAAACUUUCCUACAGAGAAAUAAUUACCAGUAUACCCUUUCCUCCAAUGUGUCCUUUGAAGUUAAGAAGAUGCCAUAUAAAGUGCAGCCGGCAAAACACCCUGAGGGAAGCAUAGCAAUAAGAACGUCUGUCAUUUGGGCUACUCCAAAUGUCUCCUUUGUCAUCCCCUUAUGGGUUAUAAUACUAGCAAUACUCCUUGGAUUGUUGGUUCUGGCUAUUUUGACCUUAGCUUUGUGGAAGUGCGGCUUCUUUGGCAGAGCUAGACCUCCUCAAGAUGACAUGGCUGACAGGGAACAACUGACAAAUAACAAGACUACUGAUGCAUAAAAGAGGAGAGUGAAGGUUCAGUUCAGAGUCCCGCUCAAGCCUAGAAGUGUGCUAAAGAUUAAAUGAAGGAUUUCUUCUACCAACAGUCUUUCUUUGAAAUUGCAAGUGCCAUGAUGUUGUAAUCUGAUCUAUGCAACGUUUCUGAAAAAUCACCACAUGAUGAUGAUCCUGGGCAGAAAUCAGCCCUAUCACUGCCUUCAAAACAUAAUCCAUCACUGUGCAAAGAGUUUUUGUACCAUACUUCAGUCGCUGUAGAUUUUGACAGAUGUUUUUGAGCACAUGUGGUGUGUUAAAUCACUUUCAGAAUAACCCAAACCUUGCAAAGAUGAAAUGCCUGCAUUGCUGUAUCAUCUAGAAGAUGGAUCAGGAUGAAGUUUUCAAACACUACUGUAUCAUGCAGAAUAUUUUUGACACCUCCCUAAGGAUAAGAACUUUUAUGAAAUUGUGGCUCAGGGAGACAAGCAAUAUAUUGGUACUGUGAAAGUACUUCUGAGGCAGAAAGGUAGUCUCUAAAGGACUUUAUAUAGGGGCACAAUUUAUUUAUUUUUCCACCUUUCUGGGAUGAGUAUCAGAUCUAAUCGUAGAUUCAGAGUUUUAGAGAAGUAAAUCAUAACAUGGAAAUCAUUUGCUUAUCUUGUAUGUAAGUAGACAAGUGGCCUGCACAUUCAGAUCAAUUUUCCUGGCUACAAAGGUGAUUUGGGUAGCAGGGGAAUUUAAACAUAAUUAUAUUGGAAGGGGCAUAUUUUAAAGAUAUGUUAUACCAUUUUCAACCUGUAGAUGACAGUACUAAAUUCAGUGGAUCAAAUCCAUUUUUGGUGUGAACUAGUGCAACAUCAACUGAAAUCUGUGGGAAUUUUUGCUCACCUUUUUGCUAGGGCUGAAUUUCUCACCACUAUUUCUGUGUACUUAUUUUGUUAAAAUAUCCUCUUAAAAAUGCUACUGCAUAUUUUGUUGAAUUCAUGACUAUUGUGUCAUAGGUGACAACACUUGAUUGAUUUAAAGGAAUUAUAAAAUAUAGACCUAACAAUGUGUUUAAGGUAUUUCAGCAAGUUAAGUUUUUGGGUAGAGUAUCCUAUAGUUAUCUCUUAUUACAAAGAGUCUUGCAGAGAAGGUGCACUGAAUUUGCAUUUGUAUAAAAAGUAGGAUGCAAAUCAUCCAAGGCUGAGAUGACCCAUAGAAGGAAAGACAUUUUGUUGUAAAGGCAACUUC